GAAAAUUAAUAUUUGGAUUAUCAGUUAUAAUCAUACAAAUCCUUCACAUUUUCUCUCUCCUCUGCAAAUCCUCCUUGUCCCUUGAAUUAGCGAAAGAUUUCUGGUUUUUUCAUUUCAUCGACGUUUUCAAUCCCGUAAUUCGAAUUAUUGAAAAAAUCGAAGUUAUCUUCGCUCAAAUUUUCUGUAAAAAACGACGAUUUUUUGCACAAAUUUUUAUUUUCUAGGGUUUUUUAUAUGUACAUUGAGGCUUUAAUGUCUUAUCAAUGGAGGUUGCCGUAUUAUCCUUUACAUCAUGGCAUUCCUUCAUUGUAGUUAUCGCUGUAACUUUAUUUUUCUCUAUCUUCGCUGUUGUCGCUGUUCGAUUUUCUCCCUUCUCCUCUCAGUCGUUGAGAGGUGGUAGGAGAAGAACAACGGUUUUCACGACGGAGAGACAAUCGAAGGAUAUUAUUAUUAGUAGUAGUUCCGACUGUAACGGUGUCGUUUUGGCGGCGGCGAACGGAGGAGAAAUGCCGUCGUUAGUUGCGGCGGCGGAGAAGCAGACAGGUGCCUCAAUGAUGGAGCAAUUGGUACCUGAAAUUACGACGCAUGCACUCAGCUAUUUGGAUUAUCCUAGCCUUUGCCGGCUUUCAAUGACGAAUUCGCUUAUGCGGAAAGCUGCUAAUGAUGAUAAUGCUUGGAAAGCUCUCUAUCAUAAGGAUUUUACUCUGGAACAAGACAGUGUCAGACCAUCUAAUGGUUGGAAGGCUUACUAUGCAGCUACAAGGGCAAUUGUGAAUAUUAAUGCAGAAUUCUUUAAUAUCAUCAGGGAUAGAUCACUUCCAGCAAUGAGUCGUUUCUGGCUUAAUGCUGACUAUGUGAAAUGUAUUCAUGCUUCAGGAGAGCUCUUUACAGGAUAUAACGCAGUAAUGGGUAGUUGGCAGAUGGCGUUUAACUGGGAGCAACAAGCAGGUGGCUUCCAGAUUCGUGAUGUGCGGGCUAGAGUUCUGACUGACAUGGCUUGGGUUACCAUGAAAACCUUCGUUGACAUGAAUGCCGGUCCAUACAACAUGACUAAUGUGUUCGAGAAUCAGGAUGGGAGGUGGUUCAUGGUCCAUCAUCACUGCUCGGUGAUGCUGGCUGACGAAGAUGUGGAUCAACAGAUUAUGCAUGCAUAAGUCAGGUAGAAAACAGCUAAUAAUUAUGAAUAUAGUAGAAACUGGAAAAAGAAUACAGAAUCAUUUAUCUUCAGAGAGGAAUCAGUUGGGAAGUAAUUGUGUCCAUUUGAAUGACCCAAUGAAUUUAUUAUUACCCUCAAGUUUUGGCUGCUGUUUCACGAAGGCAUCUUUGAGAAUGUUGUAUUUAUUUCUUCGCCCUUCCAAUUUUAUUAAUGUUCUUUUUCAUUCUCGCCAA